AUGUUCAUCAUCCCCAGCCUCUAUGGACACAAAAAUAACCAGGUCUACCGUUGCACGGUAGUCUUCUGUGGAGUCCCAGUCGUUUAUGUCACAGUCAUUGGAAUGCUCUGCGGUUCAAUAAUCAGCUGGGCUGUCUCCGCCGCACAAGUGUUCUCCCAGGACAAUUGGGCGAACCUGGGCUACGAUGUGGUGACAGAAUUCGAAGGCAUUGGGAUCAGCGUCUUCUGCUCUGUGAUGAUCAACCUCACUGUCACCCUCGCCAUUUCCACCAAAGUCAUCAGAGCCAGAAGGGCGUUGGAAAAUCUCCGUAUCGACACCCCUUCGCCGCACGAUACUGUGAUUGCGAUUUUAAUGGAAGCCGCAGUGCCCUCGGCCCUUCUCGGAUUGGCUGUCUUCCUUUCUUUGCGUUCGCUUUUCCGGGGGAAGCGAGACAAGUUCUCUACGCACUGGUUAAGGGUAUUAUGGCUAUCCGUGACGGCUUUUGCACCACAUAUCAUGCUUCUUCGUGUGGUAGAAGGCAGGUCCUGGAGCGGGCACGAUUCGAGAGUUUCAAGGCCACUGGCCUUCAUUGAAAGCAAUAGUACGGGUGUUGACACUGCCCAGGAAGACGGCACUCGUGUUUAA